AUGAUCUAAUAGUUGAGAACAUCCGGCACAGUCCAAUCUUCAAGAGACUUAAAUUCAGUAAGAAUCCUUCAUAAAUUCAAGCCCAAAUAAUCCUAUUCUCAUUUCAGAAAAGUCUUAAAAACCAGGUAAAAGUUUCCCACCAGCAGAUCUCAACAUCUCAGAUCUGAACCUGCUAAGACUCCCAAAUCUUCACAUAAAAAAAUAACUCAAUUAUUUUAGAUGACUUCAAGACCUGAAAGAGAUAGACCUAUUGAUGAAGUUAAAUAAGGUCAUUCUCCCAACUUUUACAAUUUGGGUAGUCUCCCCUAUAAAAAUUAUAAAUAUGAAAAACCACCUGGCAAUGCAACUGUUUCAUAGUUUUUAGAAUAGGCAUGUCGACUUGGAUAAAAAACUGGCAGAUGGGACAAAUAAUGUUUAAUAGAUAAAUUUAAUCCCGAUAAGUAACUCAUUGUUCAGAUAUAUUAUUUAGCAUUUAAAUUAAAAGAUCUACUUAUACAAGUGACCAUCUAAUUAAAUCAAGAAAAGUCUAAGGACCUGCCAGUUGUUUAGAAACUAUCUAUGUGGCAAAAUUAUAAUUGGAUUUGGAGGAUAAUCAAAAUGAAGAAUUAUAACAUAAAGUAAAUGAAAUCGAAGAAACCUUAAAAGAAGGUGUGAAAUAUGAUAAGACUAAAUGUGCAUCUUAAUAAUACAUUCUAAAUCGAUGGACUAGGUAAUAGGUUUCUCAAGACAGAUUAUGCUAGAAGAACGAUAAACUACCUCAAUUUGCAUAUUAAAAGUAUGUUAUUGAUUAAUCGAUUAAUAAAGUAGUAAAAUCAUCUUCCUAAUAUACAACUUAAGAACAGAAUUCUAUUACACAAUUGCCUGAAAAGAUAUCCUUUUUUAAGUUUGAUUUCAAACAAAAAAACUUCUAAAAACAAUUGUAUUACAAUAAAGGACAAACAGUUACUUUACUCAAACAAAACUACCCUUUCCUUCAAAAACCUAUUAUAGGUGAUAGAAUAUUAUUGAGUUUUGAUAUUUUCACAUCUUAAGAGAAUAUUCCCUAUAGGACAUUUUGUACAUUUUUACAAGUCUAUGAAAACAAAAAGAUAAGGCUAAUAGAAGGAGCAAUAGAUACAGUUACAAAGAAUAUUAUUGUGAGUUAAAUUUUAAAAGUAAUUAGAAUCUUACAAUUAGUUUUUUGUUAUAGAUUUAUCAGAAAUUAUUACUUCCUUGGAAUUCUGUAAUCUGAUACGCAUUCUAUGUGAACAACUGAAUGAAAAACACCCAACGAUUCAACCAAUUUAUUAAUAAUUAAUUUAAAAUUAUCAAUAUUACCAAAUUAUCAGUGAAGACUUAUCAUAACCUUUCAAUUCCUCACAAUUUAAGUUUAUCUAUUUAACCAAUGAAAUGAAUAUAGAUGACAUUAUAGAUUUAAUAACAUUAAUCUGA